AUGCGUUACUUUCUCCUUCUUUUGCAGCCGUCUCGAAGACUUUCCACUCAUGUCCUACUUGGAAGUAAGCUCCCUCUGCAUUUGAUGCAACUUCCUUAUUAUUAUUGAAAACAAAACACCAAACCCUCAGCAGUCGAGCCCUCUGGAUAUUUAUCAAUGGAAGUAUACUGUAUUCAAAGCAGGAGGAGGCGACAAUCCUUCACAUCCGCUUACUUGGGAGCAAACCCCGCUCAACUCAAUGGGGCUUGGUUCCAAAGUAAGGCAUGCACAGGAUUGCCCUGGUGGUAGCGCAUUUCCUCCAGUGCAAGGCUCAGGCUACGAUCCCUCAGCGUGUCCAUUUACAAAACAAAGCCAAAAGGCCGAUCCCUACGCCUGAUGUCUCGGAAGGAAGCCCCGCUGUAUUCAAAGGGUCCAAUCCAACUUCAUGGCGCAGCCAGGCUGCGCACUGACUGAAGAAUAAUGUCCACUGAGCAAACUAGUGGGGAUUUGCUUCUGCGUAAGCGCGCAUAGAAUUGCGCUUGUAUCUCUUUUGGCUUGGCCACAGAAUUUUUUCAUGCUUUUACACGUAUUACGCUUAACUAGGGGGUAAGUUUUCCUGAACACAGUGGAGCUUGCUUGCGAGUAAAUAUACAUAGCCUUGCACUACAAGGCUGAAAUCCUAUGCACAUUUACCUGGUAGUUAAGUUCCGUGGAGUGCGGUGGGGUUUACGAUCCGAGUAAUCACGCAGAGGAUUGCUUCGCAAUUGAGUUGUCUUGCAGCAGAGUUCAACCGGGCUUACUCCAAAGUAACCGGACAUCGGAUUGCCGUUUUACUCCUGAGUGAAUUCAAUAGGACUUUGUCUGAGUAGGCAUGGCUAGGCUUGCGCUGUUUAAGAACUGUAUCACCCAGCUGCUGGUGUUAUCAUCAGUCGCCUCCUAUUGGUAUGCGGCCCUACCACACAAUCCUGUAUGUGUAACAAGAGCCUAUACAUGUCCACGCAGAAGUAAAUCCUAAUGCCUUUAAUGGAACUUGCUCUCUGCUAAGUGUGCGUAAAAUUGCAGCAUUAAUCGGCACUCACACGAAAAGAACUAUACCCACCGCACAUUUAAUGCCUAGUUUAGAGAACUACACUUCGGGCACCAUUAACAAACUACAGUUCCCAAUAUCCUUCUUUAAGUAUGUGGUGUGUACGCAGUCAAAACCAACACACAGGAUUACUUCCGUCGUGUCCACACACCCAUUUUCAUUGUGUGGGGGACAAUUAAAAUGACCGCUGCAGUCUCCCCACCCACCCACCCACUUGGUUUAGGUUCAUUUCUUGAUGCAAACCAACCAUCCUACUCAAGGACAACUUACCCUGUCAAAAGGAGGCUGAGGUGCUUUUUGAGGGGAUUUCCCCCUUUCUCUUUCCCCCGCUUCUCCAAAUUUGGCCACCAGAACCAACAUCAGCCGCCACGCCACCCGUCGCGAUCCAAACCGAUGCGCCAGCUCCGUCCACUUUUUAUUGUUAGGAUGGUUAGUGGAGCAGCGCGCGCUUUGCGCUCGGAUCUCCGCCUCUGUACUGUUCAGCAACCCUAACGACGUCCCGGGAAGAAGCCACGAAGCCCCUGUGCCGCCCGAGGCGCCUUAAGGAACUUGGACGAAGACCUGAGCUGCUCUCUGGGCACGUGCUCCGACGCCUCCCUAGGGCCGCUCCAUCUUUCUCUUCCGGCGCCACACGUCGAGCGGCCGAGCCACCACCGGACUGGACUCAUCCCACAAACGCCCAAUCUUUCUGGGUAGCUGGGUGAGUGUAUCCCUCAAUCCCAGGCCUCCCCAGCAAUCCUUAGGCUUCGGACCUAGUUUCGAGCCCAAAACUCAGCCCCAGAAGACAGGGAGGGGAUGGGCCCCCGGAGCGCGUGCAGAGUGCAUCGGCCACGCCAAAGCUUUCUCGGAGCCCUCGAGGAGCACUAAGCGGUGGUUUGGAGACAGUUUUCCAAUAGCACCAAAACUCAGCCCUGGAGAGUGACCACAUCUAAUUGGGGUUGGUGGGCGUCUGCUGAGCCCGUUGACCGCAGCAGGUGGGCGGGAGCUCCAUAGAGAACUUGGAGACCUGUUCAGAAUCUGUUUUCAAAUUCGAGGUAGCUUCCGGGCAUGUGCAGAAUGCAUUAUACAGCCGCGGGGAGCGUUUUUCCCAAGGCCCUCUUCAUAGGAGUUGAGCCCUGGGUGUCCUCUCUCUUCUUGCUUCCCUCCUCCCUCCCUCCCUCCCUACUUGCCCGUCUCUCUCUCUCUCUUUUUUUCUUUCAGCAGGACGAAAUUAUCAUAUUCCGUGUCUCGCUGCUCCGGCGAUCGCCAAUUGGCUGCGGGAUUGCAACCGGAAAUGUCAACAGCCUCUGCUCGGCUGGCUACGGCGGCAGCGCGCCUGAGCUCAGCAAAAUCUUGGCACCGACGGCUGCCGUUCCUCCUCUCUCCCCUGGGUUCGCGCGCUCUCGCUCUUGUCCACCCAGUGUCGGGUCACUGUGUCAAUCCAGGCGAGAGAACCUUCAUCAAAAAGGGGUUUAG